CCCUUCCUUCCCCCGCCGCAAUCGCAGCCUAGAUCAUCAGACUUUGCUGGCUAGACGUCCCUAUCAAAAGGUGUACUCGCACUCCACUUGAUACGUUCCUCGUAGUGUCUGUAGGCUUGCCCAUGACGCGUUCCCCAUCCCUUCUCUUGUCACCGUCAUGUCCAUGAUGCCUCCCCCAGCGGGGUCCUCUCACGCGUACAAUUCGUCGCCUUACCUGCAGCAACAGCAGCAACAGCAGCAGCAACAAGCCAGUGGACCUUCCAACUACCAACAGCAUAAUGCCAAUGGCGUUGGACUAGGACUUUCGGCAAGUGCUCCCGUCGCUCCCGCUGGCGCGGGAGCACUGUUUCCAGGCGGCAGUACGACCCCGUCAUCUGCGUCCGGACACUCCUUUCCUCAGUCGACACCGGCGGUCCCACCUGCUGCCGCCAAUCUAGGCUCGCUCUAUCCUCCCGGAGCCUCUAUACUGAGGUUGAUGCAGCUGUACGAUGCCAUGGUAGGCAAAGGAGCUGUCAAUGAGCUUGAGGUGAAACAUCUUGAAUACUGGCGUAGAUUUGUACGGGAGUUCUUCGUCUCGGAUGGCUACUUCAGGCAAGUGUUUUGGAAUCCUCAAGCCGGGGAGCAACGGGCCUUUGAGUUGCCCGUGCCUGCUCUGGCUCGCUACCUGCAUACAAUCUACCUCAGUGGCGUCGAAAGUCGUAACAUGGUACUCUCACAAGCCAAGGAGUACCCUCCACACUCACUCAGAUCCAUACCCAACCCUCCCGAAACGAAGCGCGCGGUCAAUGGACUUCCCAAUGCUCGCACCACCCACUUCGUGCAAGUCAAUCGAGCGAGAAUGAGCUUAGAAUACGAGACUGGCUGGAUGGUAGUUCAUUCUGGCCUGCUUCGAGCUGCACUCACUUCCGAGCCGGCAGCCGCUGGGACCUCCCUUGGAGGGGCGAGUCUGAAGUUUCAAUUCGUAGAUUUCCACAUUACAGAUCAAGAGAGCUUCGUGCCCAAGGCAAGAAUAUCGCGAAGCAUCACAGAGCAACCGAUCCCAGACGACAUCGUAGCCAAGAUAAGAGGCACUUCAUCAGAGGCUUUCAAGAGGGAUGUGAAGAGGGAGAAGAGGGAUCGAGAGGAGAAUCAACGGGGACUACCUCCCGGUAAAGGGGAUGACGAUAAUGAUCAACAAGAUUCAGACGGUAGAUUUGUCGUGCCCGUGGAUCGGAUGACGCUGCCAGAAGCGCCCGUCAACGAGUACGGGAUCACAUUGCGGGCGAUGAGAUGCUUAGAGAUCACCGAGUCUGUAUGUCAACUUCGGAGUCUGAUGGACUAUGCAGCGCAGCAAGACCUCGGUCCCUUGAACGCACUACACCGUUUGGCCGAAGACUUCCGCUCUGCUCAGAGCAAUCGCUCUGGACUAGGCGUAAAUGGCAGUACGACACACGCCAAUGGCCAGGCAAGCUCAGACGAACUCAAUCGUUCUGGCACCGGCCGCUCACCCAGGUCCACCUCAGGUUCAGGUGGAGUGGACACGUUGAACACCAGCCCUUCGUCUUCUGGCGGCGGCGGCAGCGGCGGCAUCAACGCCGGCGGCGGCGGCGACUACGAAGGUGCGAAUGGGGGAGCGCCAGGGUCCGGUCCGUUGCUGGCCUCCUUGAAGCGGCGGUCCAACAAGAUGGAUGCUGCAGGGUCGGAAGACCUCGGAGGAAUGUCGAGCCCGGUUAAGAGGCCGAGGUGACUCGGAGGGCUUGGCAUUCAUGCCAGACUGGGUCAAAGUGGCCUAGGUCUGGUUUCCCUUCAUUUCGCUCGCUGAAUUGAGAUACCCCUUCUAUCGCAAUGUGAACGAUCCUCGACCUCGCUAGAAGCCAGUCGUACACCAGUCAUUCUCACACUAUCCCUUCUGUUUCAUCGUCUUGCCCGAAAAUUGCAUCGCUGCUAACU